AUCAAAUCGAGUAAAAAAAACAAUGGUUAACCCAGAGGAGAACAAUCGUAAUCUCGUUGUCAAACCCAUUACAGAGAUUCUUCAAGAUGAUGAUACGAGAAGCAGAAAGUUCGGAGUAGAGGUGAAGAGACAGAACAGGAGAGCAUUGGGUGUGAUUAAUCAGAAUCUCGUUGGUGCAAAAGCUUAUCCUUGCGUUGUUAAUAAGAGAAGAGGCUUAUCUGAGAGAAAACAAGAAAGCUGUGAGAAGAAGAAGCUUGAUUCAUUACAUCCGUCAGUUUCAAGAUCUCAGGAAGAGACUAAGAAGCUGAAACCAAGUGGGAACGAGUUUGGUGAUUGUAUAUUCAUUGAUGAAGAAGAGGAGAAGAAUGAAGAAGCUACAUUGGACCAACCUAUGCCAAUGUCACUGGAGGAACCAUACAUUGAAUCUGAUCCAAUGGAGUUAGAAGUUCAGAUGGAGGAUAUUGAAGAAGAAGAAGAAGAAGAAGAACCAAUUUUGGAUAUCGACGGAUAUGAUGCAAACAACUCUCUUGCAGCUGUUGAAUAUGUCAGUGAUCUUUACGAAUUCUACCGUAAAACCGAGAGAUUUAGCUGUGUUCCUCUGGAUUAUAUGGUGCAACAGUUUGAUAUAACUGAUAAAAUGAGAGCAAUACUCAUCGACUGGCUCAUCGAGGUACAUGACAAAUUUGAGCUAAUGAACGAGACAUUGUUUCUAACAGUGAAUCUGAUAGAUAGAUUCUUGUCCAAGCAAGCUGUUGCAAGAAAGAAGCUUCAGCUUGUUGGUUUAGUUGCACUGCUCUUAGCUUGCAAGUACGAAGAGGUUUCAGUACCUAUUGUUGAAGAUUUGGUAGUCAUUUCGGACAAAGCUUAUACGAGGAACGAAGUUUUAGAAAUGGAGAAGAUUAUGCUUAGUACUUUGCAAUUCAAUAUGUCGUUACCAACGCAAUACCCUUUCUUGAAGAGGUUCCUCAAGGCAGCUCAAUCAGACAAGAAGCUUGAGAUCUUGGCGUCGUUCUUGCUCGAGCUUGCUCUUGUGGACUACGAAAUGGUUCGGUAUCCACCAUCGUUACUAGCCGCCACUGCAGUGUACACAGCUCAAUGUACAAUCCAUGGCUUCAGUGAAUGGAAUAGCACUUGUGAAUUCCACAGUCACUACUCUGAAAGUCAACUCAUAGAUUGUUGUAGAAGAAUGGUGAGACUACAUCAGAAGGCUGGAAGUGAUAAACUAACAGGAGUACAUAGAAAAUACAGCUCCUCCAAAUUCGGAUACAUAGCAACAAAGUAUGAAGCUGCACACUUUCUUGUGUCAGAUUCUCACUAAAGAGUGGAAAUAGUAGUUUGUGUAAAGCUAGCUGCUAACAUUUUCCCUCUCAAUUUUUAAUUACAAAAGAAACCAGCAAACAAAAAAUAAGUUCAAAAAUUUCCUCUGAAUUUGAUCUGUAACUUUCCAAGUCUUUCUUUUAUUGAUAUCUCAGCAAUAAAAUUCUCUAAUAUUU